AUGGUGUCCCCGGCAGCGCGGCUGGUGGGGUUGGGCGUGUGGGCGGCGCUGACCGGGGGCUGGUACCACGACCCGGAGCAAGGAGCCUUCACCAAUAGCUUCCACCUCUAUCUCUGGCUUUUUCUGCUGACCCUCCCCAUGGCACUGCACCUGGCUCUUCCUCCAAAUGGAGUUACAGUUUUUGUAUACUGCAGCUCCGUGACAGUGUUCUUCACAGUAAUAAAGGUGAUCAGUUACAGGCUGCACCUGAUGUUUGAUAAAGGAGAAGUAAUUCAACAGAAGCUCUCAAGUAAAAAUGGAAGGCAAUGUAAAGAUGCAGAGGUUCCAAAAGGAGAAACAGUUCAGCCCUCAAAUCAUAGCAAUAACACUGGGAAUAAUGGUGUCAUCAGUGAGAUCAACCAAAAUGGCUCUACCCAAACCAUUCAUGACAGUUCAAGGGAACAGGCUCUGCACUCCCAGGACUCACCUGGAGCAAUGGAGCUGCCAACACGAGAAACUAUUGAAGAUUUGAGAGGUGUUAUGGUAUUGGAAGACCAGGCUACACCACCAGUUUCAUCUACCUCACCCUGUAUCAAAACAGAUGUAUUGCCAGUUUCUACAGCUUUGGCUUCAAAUGCCACCACAUCAGCAAUAGUGACAAAAACAGCUGCUAUGGAAACACUUUCUGGUAAUGGAAUAAAUGGAAUAGAAGGGAAUGGAGAGCCAUAUGGACAGCAUGGAUCCCAAGAUAAUCUUGUGGACAGAGAUGUAGCUAAAAACUUCUCUAAUAUUUCCUCAUCUCAAGGUGAUAUUUUACGGACUGGAGUUUCUUCAGAGCCAUGGGACAGUGAAAAUUCAGUUAUUUCAGACCAUUUGAGUAAUCCUAAAAGCUACAGGAGAGAGAAAUCACCAGGUACAUCAGCACUGACAGACUUUCCCAGUAGCUGCCCACAGUGCAAUGCCCCUGCAACCAAAGACCCCGACCACCUGGAAAGUUCUUGCCAUCCUGGUAAUACCCAGGAGGACCUUGACUGCUCAGACAGUGAGACUGCUGUUGCAGUUGUGGAUAAUUCUCUUCCAGGAGACCAGCUAUGUGAGACCAUUAAAAUUGUGAUCACAAUGAGCACCACACCAAACACCACCCUCAGUGACCUGGCAGACUCUGCCCACCUGAAGGCUCUGGGAACUGAGAGCUCAGCCCUCGAGUCUGGUAUAGUGACAGCAGGUUGGGCAAGUCAGCAAACUAAUGAACAGCUCAGAAUCCCUGUUAUCACUUUUGACCUGUCUGAUGACAGUAAAGGUAAGGCUUGUCCAGAAGGUAGUGAAAAAAGUCCAGAACUUUUGAAUGCAGAGCUGUCAUCCAACCAGUGCUCUGGCUAUGAAUCGGGUGAUGCAGCAAAGGAACACAGCAACCCAGCAAAUACUCCUUUAGCAACCAACACUUCUUCAGAUCCAAACUGUGAGAAUGCUUCUGAAAAUAUCCAGACUGUGGAUUUAACCUCUAAGGAAGACCUCCAGAACUUAGACCCACAGUCCUGUAGAACUGCUCAUGAAAAGAGGCACAUGCGGGUGCUGAGUGUGGACAGUGGGACAGAUGUGCUGCUAAGUAAGAAUUUGAUGGAGGUAUCUGACAAAGAAAAGACUUUACCCACUUCUAAAUCAGACCUGGAGGCUAAAGAAGGACAGGUGCCCAAUGAAUCGAACUUCCUAGAGUUUGUCUCCCUCCUGGAAUCCAUUAAUACCUCAAAGAUGAAGGCAUCUAAUCAGUCUGCUGUCAAAGUGGAGACUACAAAAGAAAACGGGCUUGUUGGAGAUAGCCAGAUGACGGAGAGAAAAGAAGAAAUGGUGGGAACAGAAAAGCACUGUGAGCAACUUCCUAAACAGGAAAGAUCAGAUGUACAAAGCCAAGAUCGUGCUAGUACUAGUCCAGUGCUACCAGAGUCUGCCAAAUUUGCAGCACUUUACCAGGGCAACAGGCAAAGGCAGAUAAUCUACCGGGUAACUUCUCAGCAGGACAGUUCUGUCUUGCAAGUAAUAAGUGGACCUGAAGCAUCUGUGCAGGAUGAGCUCUCCGUGGAUGCAAUGCACGUGUUCAUAGAUGAAAAUGGGGAAAUUAGAUCCUGUUAUUUAAAGGCUGGCUGUCAGAAGGAAGGAAAUUUUCGACAUCAGCUAUCAAAUUGUGAUUGUAUUUCAAAUGCUCAUGAAAUCCAGUUUAGCUCCUCUAGUACUACGACUUCAGAGAGCCAAGAACCAUCUUCUGGGGACCAAGCAACAAGUGCCCUCCAGCAGCAGCUCCUACUGAUGGUGGCACGAAGGACCCUUUCAGAAAGCCCACGGCAUCCCAGCCAGGACCCUGAGGAUUCUUUGUGUUCCUCAGCUCAGCGGAAGAUGAACCGUCAGUUUUAUCGCUUUAUUAUCUUCCCUGGCAAAUGGAUUAAAGUCUGGUAUGAUAGGCUCACCUUGCUGGCACUGCUGGACAGGACAGAAGAUAUAAAGGAGAAUGUAUUUGCUGUACUUCUAGUAGUUCUUGUUUCAUUUCUUGGAUUCCUAACUCUGAAUCAAGGCUUCUGCAAAGACAUUUGGGUUCUGUUGUUCUGUCUGGUGAUGGCCAGCUGCCAGUAUUCCCUCCUAAAGAGUGUUCAGCCUGAUCCUGCUUCACCAAUACAUGGGCACAAUAAGAUCAUAACCUACAGCAGACCUGUAUAUUUUUGCAUAUUAUGUGGCCUUAUUUUGCUGCUAGAUGCUGGAUCUAAAGACACAAAUCCUCCAGUUUACACCAUGUAUGGCUUGAAGCUCUUUUCUCCUCGAUCUCUCCAGUCAGCCAGAGACCAUGUAAUAGCUGCUGCUGGGUUUGUGUCUGCUCUCUACAGCAUUUCUCGAAGUUUUGUGGUUUUGAUUGUCCUGUAUGCUUUCUGCUUCAGUGCAGUGAAGGAACCCUGGGAUGCACAGCACAUUCCAGCACUAUUCUCUGCUUUCUGUGGUCUGCUAGUUGCACUUUCUUAUCACCUCAGCAGACAAAGCAGUGACCCAUCUGUACUGAUAUCUCUUAUUCAAGGCAAGUAUGUCCCUCACUUUCUACGUCAACAAUUUGAAGAUUCAUCAUCAGAUCCUCUCCCAGAAAAGAUGAGAGAAUCAGUGAAAGAAAUUUUGAAGUCGGAUCUCAUUGUCUGCACAGUGGCUGCUGUUCUGUCUUUUGCUGUCAGUGCCAGUACUGUGUUUCUGUCAUUAAGGCCAUUCCUCAGCAUUGUCCUGUUUGCUCUAGCAUGGACUGUGGGAUUUGUAACCCACUACCUGCUCCCUCAGCUUCGCAAACAUCACCCCUGGCUCUGGAUCUCCCACCCCAUACUGAAAAGCAAAGAGCACCAGCAAAGGGAAGUCAGAGAUGCUGCUCAUUUGAUGUGGUUUGAAAGGCUCUAUGUGUGGCUUCAGUGCUUUGAAAAAUACAUUUUGUAUCCAGCUAUAAUACUGAAUGCCCUCACCAUUGAUGCUUUCUCAAUUAGUAAAUACAAGAAGCUUGGUACACACUGUGAUAUUAUCCUGAUAACAGUUGCUGGGAUGAAGCUCCUCCGCUCCUCCUUCUGUAACCCUAUCAAUCAGUUUGUGACUUUGAGCUUCACUGUCAUCUUCUUCAGAUUUGACUACAGGGACAUUUCAGAAAAUUUCUUGCUGGAUUUCUUCAUGAUGUCCAUCGUGUUUCAUAAGCUGUGGGACCUGCUGCAGAAGCUGCAGUUCAUCAUGACAUACAUUGCUCCCUGGCAGAUUGCCUGGGGAUCAUCCUUCCAUGUUUUUGCUCAGCUCUUUGCAAUACCUCACUCUGCUAUGCUUUUUUUUCAAACUCUGGCCUCUUCAGUCUUUUCUACACCCCUGAGUCCAUUUCUUGGCAGUGUCAUCUUUAUCGCAUCAUAUGCAAGACCAGUCAAGUUCUGGGAGAAAAACUACAACACCAAGAGGUCGGAUCAUUCCAACACCAGACUGGCAAUUCAGAUUGAAAAGGAUGCAGGAAAUGAUGACAAUAAUCUGAACUCCAUCUUUUAUGAGCAUUUGACAAGAUCUCUACAGGAGUCUCUGUGUGGAGAUUUGAUUCUCGGACGCUGGGGAAACUACAACACAGGAGAUUGUUUUAUUCUGGCAUCAGAUUAUUUAAAUGCCUUUGUGCACCUGAUUGAAAUUGGAAAUGGCCUUGUGACCUUCCAGCUCAGAGGGCUUGAGUUUCGAGGGACAUACUGCCAGCAGAGAGAAGUGGAAGCUAUAACAGAAGGAGAUGAAGACAAUGAAGGCUGCUGCUGUUGUAAGCCUGGGCACUUGCCCCACUUGUUAUCCUGCAAUGCAGCCUUCAACCUCCGGUGGCUGACGUGGGAAAUAACCCGGACCCAGUAUAUCCUGGAAGGAUACAGCAUCAUUGAUAACAAUGCUGCAACAAUGCUGCAGGUGUUUGAUCUGAGGAGGAUACUGAUCAGAUAUUAUAUCAAGAGUAUAAUAUACUUUACAGCAACUUCUCCCAAAAUCCUUGACUGGAUAAAAGAUGAAUCCAUCCAAAAGAUCCUGCAGCCUUAUGCCAAGUGGCAUUAUAUUGAACGGGACCUUGCAAUGUUUAACAUUAACAUAGAUGAAGAUUAUGUUCCAUGUCUCCAGGGAAUAACAAGAGCAAGUUUCUGUAGUGUUUAUCUGGACUGGAUUCAGUUCUGUGCUAGGAAAAGGGUGGAGCACCUGGACAGUGAUGAGGAUUCUCCUCUGGUGACACUUUCCUUUGCCUUGUGCAUCCUGGGUCGAAGAGCUUUGGGAACUGCAGCUCACAAUAUGGCCAUCAGCUUGGACUCUUUUCUUUAUGGGCUCCAUGCACUGUUCAAAGGAGACUUCAGGAUAGCAGCAAAGGAUGAGUGGGUCUUUGCAGACAUGGACCUGUUGCACAAGGUCGUUGCCCCAGCAAUCCGAAUGUCUCUGAAGCUACAUCAGGAUCAGUUCACCUGCCCAGAUGAAUAUGAGGACCCAGCAGUUUUAUAUGAAGCCAUCCAAUCUUUUGAAGAAAAGGUGGUGAUCUGCCACGAAGGGGACCCGGCCUGGCGCAGCGCUGUGCUCUCCAACAGAGAGGAGCUGCUAACCCUGAGACAUGUGGUAGAUGAAGGAGCAGAUGAAUAUAAAGUCAUCAUGCUCCACAAAAGCUACUUGAGCUUCAAGGUCAUCAAGGUCAACAAAGAGUGUGUCAGAGGGCUGUGGGCUGGGCAGCAGCAGGAGCUGAUUUUCCUCCGCAAUCGUAACCCGGAGAGAGGAAGCAUCCAGAACAAUAAACAGGUCUUGAGGAACUUGAUUAAUUCUUCAUGUGAUCAGCCACUGGGGUAUCCAAUGUAUGUUUCCCCUCUAACCACCUCCUACCUUGGGACACACAGCCAACUGAGGAACAUUUGGGGGGGACCUCUCAGUUUGGACAGCAUCAAAAAGUGGUUCAGAUCCAAGUGGUUAAGGAUGCGGAAGGAUUGCCAUGCAGCUCACCAUGAGAGAAGAGGUAACGCUGAAGAGGUGGAUAGUGGAGGGGGUUCUUCAUCUGGCACCAAUUCCACAGGCAAUUCAAGCCAGAGCAGCAGCUCCCAGCCCACCAGAAAUGGAACUCCUCAGUUGCAAGCUUCAUCUCAAGAGGUCCACCAACGUGCAGGCAGGAGGAAAAACAGGAGUCAGUCCAUCCAGGCACACGCUGCUUUAAACCAAAGGCAACCUGCUUCGAGUCACUCCGGACCAAUUGUAGAAAGCCACCAGCCUUUCAUCCAGACAUCUACAUCUGCCCACGAAAUUGCCCAAAGGCUUUCUAGCAGUCAGCUCUCCUUCCACAACUCAGCAACAUCUGUGUUUUCCCAGUCUCCAGCUGCUCCUGUUGCUGGCCAGCUGACUGUACAGGACCGAGCUGCAGCGAUGCUCAGGUCCAGUCUGGCCUCUUCCACCAGCUCAACUCUCAGCCUGCUGUUUGGCAAGAGAAGUUUUUCAAGUGCUUUGGUGAUUUCUGGGCUCUCAGCUGCAGAUGGAGGGAACACCAGUGACACCCAGUCAUCCAGCAGUAUGAAUAUUGCCAUGGGUCCAUCUGCCAGAGCAGCAAGUCAAGCAGCUCGGCAACGCACCGAGACCUGCGAGACAACAGAUGCUCCAGAACCCAAGCAGCAGCAGCAGCAGCACGAGGUGGGUCCAACCCAGGCCACGUUCACGAGUCCGAACCUGGAGUGCAGAAGGGCCAGCCAAGAAGACAUGGCCCUGGAGGACACUGCUUCUCAGCAAAGCCUGUCUGAGGAGCAGUAAGGAGCAUCCCCAGUGUAAGGGCCACGUGCUUCUCAGCAUUAAAUAGCCAGGUCAGGGAGCUUGCACAGGGGUUUAGGUUCUUUGACUUCCAAAUGUUUAUUUUUCUAACUUCUACACAAGAAUAGGAUGAGGCAGAUGCUCUUCAGAUAAAGGCCUUGGCAUGGGUAGGGUUGGAAGAUGUCCUAAACAAAAAACAAACCACACAGUGCCACUUUAUCUC